AUGGCUUCGCAGGACGUUGUAACGCUGGCAGAGCAGGUAGCGACUGGCUUCGAGGCGCUGCAAGACGAGUACAAGAAGCUGUUUGGACAGCACCAGAGUGUUGAGAGAAAGCUUGCGACAGCCAGAGAGCAGUACAACGAACUCGCCAAGCUCUGUGGCUCGGGUGCUAUCACCACCCCACCUCUCAGCCUUGCCUCCUCACCCGCCACGAAUAAAGCACAACCUGCGUUACCCGAUGUUGCCACCAUCAUCGACCGGAGGCAAGAGGAGACUGACUCGGGCGCGGCGGAGAAGGUGCGAUUGGCAGCCACAGCGGUCCAGUCACUACGCCGACGAUCGUUAAGACAAACUUCGAACUUCGACGGCGUAAAGAUAUGGUCCGGGCCCGCCGCCGACCGACCAGAGCUUGCAUGCUCGACUAUGCCAAGUAUCUCCGAAUCGCCACUCGAGCAAGACUUCACUAUCGAAGGCAAGCCGAGCAAGCUGGGCUGUCCCUUCGCAAGCAUGGCUGGGAAGAAGCUCUCCUCUCACGCUGCGAGCGUCCUGAGCAGAUACAAUACUCGGGAAAGCAUCGGAGCCGUGCCCAGCACACCACUCAGCUCAGUCAGCAGAGUAGAUGGUCGAGAAAGCAUAUCGCGACGGGGCAGUCGACGAGCCAGCUUCCUUGACCCCAUCAAAGCCGAAAUCUGCGGCAUCUCAGAUCACAACGAUCCCGUAGAAGUGGAGCACGCAGCACAGAGCCAUGAACUAGAAGAACAACCCCACGUCGUACCCGUCGAGAACGCGGAAGCAGGCGUCUGCCCUAUCCGCUUCCUCGACCAACAUUCACCAGAAGAAGUAGCAACCUAUUUCGAGAAACACAAGCACCAACUCCCGCGCUCGCAUGAGGUUUGUGUGAGACGAUAUCAAAGCAAUGAAGAGCAGAUCCGACAGCUGGAUGCCAAAUACGGGAAUCUCGUUUCUAUGAUACAGGGUCUGGGCGCGAAGCAUAAGGAGUUAUUACCUGAUGAGCCGGCCGAGGAAGAGGAGGAAGAGGUGGUGGAAUUCGACAAGAAGAGUGAGGAGAAAGUGCGGAAAUGGGCUAGUUCUGUUUCUGUUUUGGCAGUAGACGGGCAGGACGCAGGGCGAGGACUAGACGAGGUGAGAGAUGUGAACGUGGACGUGGAUGCGGAUGCGGAUGUGGAAGCCCGGCGUCCGCACUUCGAGCGUCCGCUCCGCGAAAUCCGAGUCGGAGAGAGUCCUUCUCGACCUUGGGGCAUUCCGGUCCCGGCAAGGUAUGUGGAGAAGAGUGGAAGUGAGACGAGUACGCAGCCCGUGCAGAUUUCCUCUUCGCCUGCUCCGCCGAGUAGUCCCGGUUUGCCACGUGAUGGAGAGGCUGAGGCUGAGCAUGAGGAUGAGGUGGAGGGAGAGCGAAAGGCUGUGCUGAAGGCGAGGGGUGGGGGUGGAGGGAAGUGUCCCCUUGGCUUCGAUCGGGCGGGUGAUGCUGCUGCUGCUGCGCCGGACACCGUUCGAGCGGCACCAGCUUCGACGAUGAAGGAGGAGAAGGUGGAGGUGCAGCAUUCUCCUUCCCCAGCGAUCAAGGCGGCGCAGAGGAUGCCUAAUUUUCUCGCGCCACCGCAUAUCCAACAACAGCAGCAGCAGCAGCAGCAGCAACGGAAACAGGCUCCCGCUGAUGAGACUGGCGAGGUGUCACGGAUGGUUUUCACAGGACCGGUGUUUAUUGGGUAUAGUGCGGAGGACGCUGCGAAGAUUCUGAGGGGAGCUGGACUUGGUGGUCCGGCGUAG